GAGUUUUCGCAACAUCUUAUCGCUGAAGAUGCAAAACGCGGCGGCGACGGGAGAAGGACUCACCCACGUUCAUGUGCGCAAGUGGCGAAAAGAGCUCAAGCAUGUCGGCCCUGGUGGCCACUUAGAAGUUCUGGCAUGGAUCCCUGUGGUACCUACCCCCACUCCUGCUCUUCAGUCUAGUCUCCAGCACAACGUCGACACUGCUGGUAAGUCGUCGGCGGUGGUGAAGAAGGCGCAGUUCAACACCCGCAAACGAACAGCUCCUAUCGACGGCGCUGCAGCCCGGAUGACGCGCAGUCUGCGGCACAACACACCCAGUGGAUCUGAACUGUGGGGCCAACUUCCAUCGAACUCGGUGCGACCGCCCGUGCGAAAAGAAGAAAAGAAGGCCGGGGAUGACGACAAUCCAUCCGAUGCCGCAUCUGGUCGCCCUGCUUCAAAUGACACAGCAUCCGAACCCCAAGGAAGCAUCGAGCACGUGUCCGACCCGUCACCAGCGCCGACAGAGGAAGGUGUCGUGAAGCACGAGUACAGCUUUGCCGACGACGACGACGACGACGACGAAGGUUACAUCUCUCCCCUUUCGUCUCCUGAUGUCGCGUCCCCAUCUCCCGUUGCAUCCCCCGACACGUCGUAA